AUGUCAGACGUUGAGAUCAAUUUCAAAGUGCUGCAGAAACGGCUCACGGAUCUACACUCUACUUAUCGCAACUUCGAUGGGUCUCCAUCGUCCUUGUUGUUUGUGGUAGGGUCUAGUGAUGAAGAAGAUCCAUACAAGAAAAGCACUAUUCUGCAUAACUGGCUUUUAGGAUACGAAUUUCCAGCAACCUUGAUUGCUCUAUUGCCAGAAAAGGUUGUCGUAAUCACAGGUGCUGGAAAAGCCAAGCAUUUGACGUCAGCGGUGGAUCUUUUCAAAGAAUCGUCCGGUUUCACUCUUGAGCUAUGGCAAAGGAAAGCCAAAGACGACGCGCACAAUGACAAGCUUUUCUCUGAUAUAAUUGAACUUCUCAAAAACGCUGGUAAAAUUGUUGGAACCCCUCUAAAUGACCAAUAUCAAGGCAAAUUUAUUGCGCAAUGGACUCCGCAUUGGGAAGAGGCCUUAAAAAAAGGUGAACUUGAGCCCUUAGAGGCUGCACCUGGUUUGUCUCGAGUCUGGGAGAAGAAGGAUGAGCAAGAAAUUGGCCUCAUCAAGGUGUCUUCUAAGGGUAGCGAUCAGUUCAUGAAUUUCUUGUCGGAUGAGAUGGUUUCUGCGGUCGAUGAGGAGCUUAAUAUCACAAAUGCAAAGCUUUCCGACAAAAUUGAAACUAAAAUUGAUGAUCCUAAAUUUUUGAAGAAGCUAUCGGGUGAAAUGGCCCCACUGUGUCCCACUGGUGAAAAAUUUGAUGUUAACUUACUGGAUUGGGCGUACUCUCCUAUAAUUCAAUCGGGUAAAAAAUUUGACCUUAAGGUUUCAGCGCGCUCUAGCAAUGACCAAUUAUCUGGCAAAGGAUGUAUUUUGGCUUCGUGUGGUAUCCGCUACAAGAGCUAUUGUUCCAAUGUGACCAGAACAUUUUUAAUUGAUCCAUCUGAAGAAAUGGUGUCCAACUACGAGUUUUUGCUCGCUGUACAAAAUGAGAUAAUAACCAAUUUUCUUAAGGUUGGUCAAACACCACAAGCAGUCUAUCAGGCCACUGUGGACUAUGUCAAAUCACAAAAGCCUGCCAUGGUUGCUUCCUUCACCAAAAACGUAGGUUCUUUGAUGGGUCUGGAAUUCAGAGACUCUCAGUUUGUUCUUAAUGCCAAAAACGAUCAGAGAAAAGUUGCUGUAGGUGACUGCUUCAAUAUUUCAUUGGGUUUCAACAAUUUGAAGGACUCUGCUACUGGCACUGAUUACGCCGUUCAAAUUGCUGAUACAGUCUUACUAGGCGACGAUUCUAAGCCCGUGGUUUUAACUGGCUACACGAAGCUCAAAUCUCAGAUUUCGUUCUAUUUCAACAACGAGGAAGAAGAGACGACGUCGAAGGUCAAGAAAGAAAACCAGGGCUCUCCGCCUAUCUCUGUCAAGUCAGAUGGAAACUCGAAAAUUUUAAGGUCUAAGUUGCGUGGUGAAGCUCGAGUUCAGGAGGACGGUCAAAAAGAGCAGAUCCGCAAGGAGAACCAAAAGAAAUUACAUGAGAAAUUGCAAAAAAACGGCCUCCUGAGGUAUAGUGCUGCUGACGCUCAAGGUUCGGACGACCAACCUCAACUUCAGUUCAAAAAGUAUGAAUCGUACGUUAGAGAAACACAAAUUCCUACUAAUGUUCGCGACUUGCGGGUGCAUGUGGAUUGGAAAAAUCAAACCAUCAUUUUGCCAAUCUAUGGUCGACCCGUCCCUUUUCACAUUAAUAGUUAUAAAAAUGGUUCCAAAAACGAAGAGGGCGAGUAUACCUAUCUCAGACUAAAUUUCCACUCUCCUGGUAUUGGAGGAAUUUCGAAGAAAAACGAAGAGCUUCCAUACGAAGAUUCACCAGACCACCAAUUUGUUCGUUCUAUCAGCCUGAGAUCUAAGGAUGGUGAUCGUAUGAGUGAUGUAUUCAAGCAGAUUGCGGAUCUGAAGAAGGAAGCCUUGAAGAGAGAUCAAGAGCGGAAGCUGCUGGCUGAUGUUGUAGAGCAGGCUAAGUUGCUGGAAAACAAGUCUGGAAGGACCAAGAGACUGGAUCAAAUAUUCGUCAGACCAAGUCCCGAUGCUAAGAGAGUACCAGGCACCGUAUUCAUCCAUGAGAAUGGUAUCAGGUACCAGUCACCAUUGCGUACUGAUAGCCGUAUUGAUAUCUUAUUCUCGAACAUCAAAAAUCUCAUUUUUCAACCCUGCAAAGGUGAAUUAAUUGUGAUCAUUCAUGUUCACUUAAAAACGCCUAUUUUGAUGGGCAAGAAGAAACUGCAAGACGUUCAGUUUUACCGGGAAGCUUCUGAUAUGGCUGUUGACGAAACGGGGAAUGGUCGGCGUUCUAACAUGAAAUUCAGAAGGUAUGGUGAUGAAGACGAAUUGGAACAAGAACAAGAAGAAAGAAGAAAGAGAGCCGCUCUAGACAAGGAGUUUAGGUAUUUCGCCGAAGCUAUUGCCGACGCCUCAGACGGCUUGGUGGACUUGGAUACUACCUUCAGAGAGUUGGGAUUCCAGGGUGUCCCAAGUAGAUCCGCCGUUUUCUGUAUGCCCACAAGAGAUUGUUUAGUUCAGUUGGUUGAACCGCCAUUUUUGGUGAUCAAUUUGAGUGAGGUUGAAAUCUGUGUUUUCGAGAGAGUCCAAUUCGGCCUAAAGAACAUUGAUAUGGUAUUUGUCUAUAAAGACUUCAGCAAACCAGUCACACACAUCAAUACUGUUGCUAUUGAAGAAAUUGAACUUCUUAAAUCUUGGUUGACGGAUGUCGAUAUUCCCUUUGCGGUUUCCACCAUCAACUUAAAAUGGUCCACAAUUAUGAAGUCCAUGCAAGAUGAUCCUCAUCAAUUUUUCCUUGAAGGAGGUUGGUCUUUCUUGGUAGCUGGUUCUGAUGAUGAAGGAUCAGAUGAAAGCGAGGAAGAAAUCAGCGAAUAUGAAGCUUCGGAUGAUGAUCCAUCUGAUGAAAGUGCAGUUUCUGAGGAGGAGGACUAUUCUGAAGAUAUGAGUGAUGGUGGAAGUGAUGAUGCAAGUGCAGACGAAAGCGAGGAAGAAGGUGAAGAUUGGGAUGAACUCGAAAAGAAGGCUGCGAGGGCUGAUCGCGAAAACAGACAGAAUGAAUGA